AUGCUCUCAACAGAAAGUUACAUUAUGGGAAAUAGUCAAUCGUAUGAUGUAACAAAUGUACAUCGUAAUGAUAAACGACACGAACAGGAGACAACUGGCACGGUGAAACCGCUAAGUGACGGUAUGCCACCAACAUUGAGUGCAGAUGAGCGUGAAAAGCAAGAGAACACUUCACCAAACGAAAGCUCUCCGACAGACACGAUGCAUAGUGAAAUCGAAGAACAAAUUGAGAGGAAGUCGGAGCAUGUGGAGCACGUGGGACCACCAAUGCAACCAGUAGAGGAGGAACACACACAGCUCGAAGAGCAAUCGCUCUCAGAGCCUACGGAGCGCUUGACUGCAGAAUCAUCUGGGCACUCGGUUACAGAUGAAGCCGUAAAGGAAGUUGUACAGGAAAUGAGCGAAGUUACCAUAGAGACUCUUGAACGUGAUAUACCACCGGAAAGCAUGCCACUUGAAGCCGUGCCAAGCCAAUGCUCAUAUAACAAGCUCAAGUGA